AAUCCUUUACUAUCAUAUCAUGUCACAUCAACUUCCUUGGAAUGAAGAUACUCGUAUGAAUCUAUCCGACUUUUUACAAAAGUCCAUGAGUUUUGCUAGUGCCAUUAUGGAAAACCAACAAUCACAAUCUCAAGCAGCUAAACAUCUUGGUUCAUUACUCCAACUCCAACAACAACGACAACAACCUGAAGAUCAUGGUCGUUCAGCUACUAUUUUUAACCAACUUUUUACUACUGCUGAACAAAGUAUGGAAUCCGAUAAUGAUAAACGUGUCCUUGGUUUACUCAAGUCUCAACUUGCCACUUUUAUUUCCACUACUUUGGGUAUGGAUGGAUUUGAGGAGGCAACACAACAGGAUCCUAUUGAAGAAGAAGAAAAUCAUGCAGGUUUGUCUUGGGCAGAUGUGACUUCCAUGUCUACUCCUAGACCUUCUAGAUUAGAUGAUGAUGAUGAUGAUGAAGAUAUUGGUUAUGCUGAACGUGCUGAACAAAACCAUUUGAAACAAUUGGCAUCUGAUUAUAAUAGUUAUGACAAAGAGGACGAUGAACCUGAUUCUGAAGAAGAAGAAGAAGAAGAAGAAGGACAAGUCAAAUCUCGUGGUGUGGUCACUCGGAGUGCCGAUGGAUUCCAAACUGUACAAAAGAAGAAACGAUACAGAAGAAACCAGUAUCGUCGUCAACCUGUUGAUAAUUAUCAAGAAUUUAAUCCAGAUCCUCUUGAACCUUUGUCUCCUGAUGUUUAUUGUAUACCUAUUUUCUUUCCUUCUGAAGAAAGUUAUGAUAUCUUCCAUGGUGCAUUAUCGACUGCUCAAUCAACUUUACAUGUGGCUGUGUUUUCACUCACUGAUAACAAAACAGCCAAUGUAUUGAUUGACGCCAAGGAACGUGGUGUAGAUGUCAAAAUUGUAACGGAUAAUGAUCAACUUGAUGGUAAAGGUGCUGACGUAAGAAGAUUAAAUCAAGAUUAUGGUAUUCCAUUCAAAACUGAUACAAGUGAACAAUUUAUGCACAACAAAUUUGCAGUGAUUGAUGGGAAAAUAGUUAUUACUGGUAGUUUUAACUGGUCUAUUGGUGCACGAUUCAAGAAUCGAGAAAAUGUGAUUGUUACGAAUAUUCCCUCUUUGGCUGAAGCAUAUGAAAAAGAAUUUGAAAAAUUAUGGGAAAUCUUGGAAUAUGAAUAAACUAUUGUUGAUUAAGUUUGAAUAUAGAUUAGUUUUUUUGAAAUAAAAUAGAUAAUAGUGAUGAUAGUGAUCAACUAUUUUAAUAGUGAUAUAUUUUACUUUUUUUCUUUCUUUUUUUUUUUUUU